CGCGUAGAAAAAAGACAUUAACGAGACUUGGUCGCAGAGAAGACUCGUAGAUUUGUCUUUGCGAUUGAACACAAAUUAGGGUUUUUAUUUCCAGGUUUUGAUUCUGCUUCGUGAAUUUUGAAGACAUAACAAUAUUCUUCGAUUUCAAAUGGGAAAAUUUUGUUGCUUCCCUUCCUCUUCCGAGGUUGUGGGAGGACAAUCAUCAUCUCGAUCUGGUAAAGGAAGAAGUGGUGAAGGUUUGGUCAAGUACGGCUUUAGUCUAGUCAAAGGCAAAGCUAACCAUCCCAUGGAGGAUUAUCACGUCGCUAACUUCAUCAACGUCCAAGACCAUGAACUUGGUCUUUUCGCUAUCUAUGACGGUCACAUGGGUCCCACUGUCCCUGCCUACUUGCAGAAACACCUCUUCUCCAAUAUCCUCAAGGAGGGAGAGUUUUGGGUUGAUCCUCGAAGGUCUAUACAAAAGGCUUAUGAGAAGACAGACCAAGCCAUUCUCUCUAACAGUUCUGACUUGGGUCGUGGUGGUUCUACGGCUGUUACAGCUAUACUGAUUAACGGGAGGAGGUUGUGGAUAGCUAACGUUGGCGAUUCGCGAGCGCUUCUUUCUCAAGGAGGUAGGACAAUGCAGAUGAGUACUGAUCACGAGCCUCGUGCUGAAAGGUCGAGUAUUGAGAAUAGAGGUGGAUUUGUAUCCAAUCUACCAGGUGAUGUUCCUCGAGUGAAUGGUCAGUUAGCGGUGUCUCGUGCCUUUGGAGAUAAGGGACUUAAGACGCAUCUGAGUUCAGAGCCUGAUAUUACAGAUGCUUAUGUUGAUAGCCAGACAGAUGUUCUUGUCCUGGCAAGUGAUGGCAUUUGGAAGGUGAUGUCAAAUGAAGAGGCAAUGGAGAUAGCUAGGAGGGUGAAAGAUCCACAGAAGGCGGCCAAGGAACUAACAGCUGAAGCAUUGAGAAGAGAGAGCAAAGACGACAUAUCUUGUGUCGUGGUCCGAUUCAGAUGACAAACUAUUGAGUGGACUGGUUACAUUUUCAAUCAAGAUUCAUCAGGGACAAGCUGGUUGCGCUGGAAUCGAAUGUGAUGAUUUUGUUUCAGUUUCUGACACAGCUUCUUGCUAUAGCUUUAUAAUGGAUUCGUUGUUUGUGUAAAUUUGUGGGGUUUAAAAGACAAAGCAGAGGAAAAUGAGUUGGUGAGGUGAUGGGAUAGUGUUAUUAUUGGUUGGUUCUUAUUAGGUUUAUCUUUUAAUUAUGUGAAAAAUACUUUUGUAUUAGGUUUGAAUUUGUUAAACAAAUAUUUGCUGUUUGUAUGACAUUUAUAUUUGACUA